AUGUCUUCUGUUGGGGAUAAAUCUUGCCGCUAUAUGAUGUUUCGUCUCUAUAUUUGCUAUCUGAAUUGGGUGGUCGACAACUGCAAUGAGUUCUACCUUGUUGUAGCAGACGAUUCGUGUUUCGAUAUCUCGGCAGCUCAUGGUAGAUCGCUAGCCGGCUUUUAUGCGUGGAACCCAGCUGUUGGUACUUCAUGUGGGGGGCUCUGGCCUGACUACUAUGUUUGUGUCGGCAUAUUGUCAGAUGCCACCACCACUACUACCAUUUCUACCACUGCUACUACCACCGGCAAUGGGGUUUCCACACCUACACCAACACAGGCGGGCAUGGUGAGUGGGUGUGAUAGUUUCUAUCUUGUGAUCUCGGGUGAUGAAUGCUGGGAUAUUGCUACGCAGGCCGGGAUUACGCUGGAUGAGUUUUAUACUUGGAAUCCGGAUGUUGGGACUCUUUGUACUGGUCUUUGGCCGGAUUACUAUGUUUGUGUUGGUGUCCUUUGA